UCUGAUUUUAAAUAAAAUUAAACUCCAAGAGCUCCAUCCGAUUAUUUUUAUAAUUUCAAUAUAGGACAUGCUUUCAAUAUAGGACAAGCUGCCCAACAAGCUAGAUAAUUAUAUUUGUAAUGUUCGCGAUGCUCGGCUUGGUAGGAAAGGUUAUUGUCACCGUCGCAAAUGUCAUUGGACAAGCGCCCAUGCCGGCGACUUUACGACUAUUAAUAAUUUCCUCAUGCCGGAGCUGCAAUCGAAAGUUGCAGUUUUUAAUUGAUGUUUCGCUUUCUGAGCCCAACGCACCCAGCACCAGACACGCAAGUGCAACAAGAGCUCCGUAGCUGGCGAUGCAGUCGUGCAACCAUCCGUCGUCGCGGCCACAGCCGCAAUCGCGCCUCUUGUCGAUAAUUAAAUUACGAGUACUCGAGUACUACCGGCAGUGGGGGGCGGAAUCCGAGCAGGUGUUGGAGGAGAUCACUCGUCGCGCCGGCCAGAGCACUGACCUGAAAAUGAGAGGGACAAGCUCUUCGGCAUGGAGUGCUGUGGCUCUGAUGGGCUGCUUAGCUGUGUGCCUUUCUGUGGCGGCCCACGGCUACGCCAGCAACGACAAUGGCCGUGGCAGCACAAGCGUGACCGGAAAGCCCGCCCUGAUCCGGACGGAGUUGCGCUUUGGUCGCAACCUGGACCCAUCCAAGGUGCGAGUCGUCAGCGUCAAGUCGAGCAAGGGCGAUGAUGUGGAGAUCCUGGUCGGCAAGAACAGUCGCAAGGCUCGGGCCGAGGAGGCGUCCGGCUCCUUCUUCGUGCGCAGCUCGGACGUCAAGCGCCCCGUAAUACAGCCGAAGAGCAAUGCCAGCGGGCGCCAACUUACCUUCGAGCACAGCCCGGCCCUGCUCAAGCAAAGCGAGUUGGCCCAGCAGAUGGAGGCCUAUCGCCAGCGCAGGACCGAGGUGGAGCAACGCCAAGCGAAGCUCAUUCAGCUGCAGCUGGCGAAGGCGCAGAGCAAGAUUCUGGAGCAGCACGCAGUGCAGGGCGACUCCCGCCGAGGCCGGCAGCUAGGGUCAGAUGUGGCCUGGCAGCCAGUAUAUGUCCCGGCGCAGCAGAGUCCUCGCAGGAACUUCUCGUUCGCGGCGGACCGUCAGUGGCAGCAGUAUAUGUUCGCCGACUCGGUGGAGGCCCAGCCCCGGGUGCAGCGUCAGGCGCAAGGGCCGGUCGUGAGCUUCCCGCAGGACAUGCAGUACGCUGCCUCCGAGCCAGGGCAGUACUUUACCAACGUCAGGGACACGCGCUCCUAUCCCAGCAACGGAUCGCCAGCGCCGCAGAGGUACCGUCCCCAGAAUAUCAUCACCAAGCACAACUACAACGCCUUGCCGCAGAAGUCGAAGUUCGUGAGCUACAUGCCGCACUCCGUGGUCGUCACAGCAAGUGCAGGCGUGGCCGCGCCCACAGCCACGCCCAGCCGCAGGCGGCAACCAGUGCCGGGGGCAGUUCAUAGUGGGAGUCCGCACCGCAAUCCCAUCGGCCAGAGCACCCACAGCGUAGUGGACGGACCCGCCGUGACGCUCAUCGAAGGCGUCCGAGUGCCGGACACAGCUGAGGACAAGGUGAAGACGUGGCGCAACGCGCGAGUCCUAAACAAUCAAUUGGUGCCAUAUCCCGAGGGCUACACGCCGCCCCGCGUCCAGAUGCCCAGCUUCGACAGAUGAGCAAAGGCAUGCGAAGGCAUGGAUGCGAAGUGGAUUCCAUUCCCGUUUCGGUUGUGGGUGCUUAGUGCUCGACUACGAGUGUGCCGGGCAGGAUGGCCCCACGCGUAUAUUACUUAUACGUACAUACAUAUAUGUUUAUGCUAUUUAUUGAUUUGUUCAUUGUUUAAGUUAUCUAUAAAUGUUAUACUAAACCUGUAAAGGA